CCUUAAAUAAACUAUUUGUGGUCAGCCUAAGCUUUGUACAAACCAUCAGUGAUGAAGAGAAACGAUAGCUUAUCAGCAUCAUAAUAACUCAACGUGUAGGCUUACUGUUUAACUUGUACAAAGCAAUAUCUAUGCACGCUUGACCCAGAUUAGUCAACCGUGCACAGUGCACGAUUCUGUAAAGUUCAUAGUACCAUAGACUGUAGAAAAUUAGUUUCAUACAUACAAACAAAAGACAGUAGUCUAGUGCAUUUCCCCGCAAACUAGCAUCGUUUUGUAAGAACACGAGACGCAGAAAUACAUGAGAGGAACUAUAUGAGCGCUUCCGCCUUCUCCAGACCCCCACCUUCAACAGGACCAUCGAGAUACAGUGGGAGGCGAUUGACGUGGCAGCGAUUACCCGGAUGUGACACAAUUUUACAUCAUCCCUAAGGACUGGGCUGAAUUCCUCCAAGCCACCUACGCAGCUGUUCGGAGCACGUAUAACCUGAGCAGAAGACUAACCUGCCGGGCGCUGUGAUAGCUCGGCUCGUCUCUCCGCAGCCUUGAGGUUGCUGGCACCGAAAUAAAAAAGAUGUGGCUGUUCGUUUUCGCCAGCCUUCUCCAAUGCCUGUCGGCCUAUGAGGUGGAUUUGAAGAAACUAGAUGGUUUGGCUAAAGCGAAGGUGGAGUCCUGUGGAGGGUGACAGUUGAAUCGCCUGAGGGAGGUCAAGGCUUUUGUGACCCAGGACAUCCCUCUCUACCAUAACCUGGUGAUGAAGCACAUCCCCGGGGCCGAUCCGGAGCUCGUCCUCCUCAGCCACUACUACGAAGAGCUGGACCGGAUCCCUCUGUCCGACAUGACGCGCACCGAGAUCAACGAGCUCCUGGCCUCCCUGGGCUUCUACAAGAAGGACAACGCCGAGGACGAGGUGCCCGAGGAGUUCCGCUUCUCCCCGGCCAAGGACAGCCCCUGGAAGGACGCCCCCGGGUCCCCGGCCUCCCCCACCCCGGCCCCGGAGGAGGAGGAGGAGGAGGAGACGGAGCAGGACAAGCCGCACUCUGACCUUUAACCCGGAAGUGAAGGACCAGAGCGAACGCUGGCUUCCUUCCGGCUCCGUCCCCGUCGAGCCUCACCGAGGCUGCGCUCGAAGCCGCAUACUACUCGUGCCGCCUUUCAGUGAAAGUCUGAAGUUUUGUGCGACUAGUGUGCGGUUUCGAACGCAGCCCUACAACUCACCCUGACAUAGUUGCGCAUAGUUUUGUUUUUGUGAUAAUUCGUAUUGUUUUAAUUGCCAUUUUUUGGUGCGUGUCGGGUGUGCGGAGGUUCCUCGUGUCUGCGCUCACUGCACUGGGUGUCUGGCGCCCCCACCUGGCGGGAAACAGAAUGACGCCCCGGGCUACAAAUCGCCCGAUUGGCUCGGGGCCGAUGAUGCGUUUUCUGGUGGGUGGGGCUCAGAUUCCACCCAGGGGGGUGAAAACAGAAACUGUGGUGUAGCUCUCAAUAAAAUCACUGGGUAAAAAAAAAAA